UGCGUCCAGGUGCGCCUGGCUAGGGUUUCCGACGGCCGCGGUGUCUCGGUGGGGACCGGUCCCGGAGGCUUCGGCCAGGAGGACCCAGAGCACCCCCCCACCCACCCCCCGCGGCGGAACUAACCACGGAGGCCUCUGGUCCCUUUAAGGUGCCCGGCGAGCGGAGAAAGGGAGCAGAGGGGGCGGGAGGAGGGUUCGGGAGCGCACGCCACGUGACUCGGCGGCCAAGUUCGCUGCGAGUUUGACAGAAGUUUGAAUCCGAGUCGGGGGCUUUCUGCUGCCGGCGGUGCACCGCGGCGGCCGCAGCCUCUGAGAGCACGAACAGCAGCGCCCCCGCGUCCCAGCCAGCCAGCCAGCCAGCCAGCCUGGACUCCGGCCCACCGACGGCCGCUCGCGCUCCAGCCCCGCUCGCCUGCUCUGCCCCGGACCUGCAGCUCCCCGCUCCCCCGCGGUGUCCGCCGCCUCCUGGCCAGAGAGCCAAGCCCCCACGCCGCUCCCAGCGCUCGCCGCGCCAGCAUGUCCUCGACCGAGAGCGCCGGCCGCACGGCGGACAAGUCGCCGCGCCAGCAGGUGGACCGCCUACUCGUGGGGCUGCGCUGGCGGCGGCUGGAGGAGCCGCUGGGCUUCAUCAAAGUUCUCCAGUGGCUCUUUGCUAUUUUCGCCUUCGGGUCCUGUGGCUCCUACAGCGGGGAGACAGGAGCAAUGGUUCGCUGCAACAACGAAGCCAAGGACGUGAGCUCCAUCAUCGUUGCAUUUGGCUAUCCCUUCAGGUUGCACCGGAUCCAAUAUGAGAUGCCCCUCUGCGAUGAAGAGUCCAGCUCCAAGACCAUGCACCUCAUGGGGGACUUCUCUGCACCCGCCGAGUUCUUCGUGACCCUUGGCAUCUUUUCCUUCUUCUAUACCAUGGCUGCCCUAGUUAUCUACCUGCGCUUCCACAACCUCUACACAGAGAACAAACGCUUCCCGCUGGUGGACUUCUGUGUGACUGUCUCCUUCACCUUCUUCUGGCUGGUAGCUGCAGCUGCCUGGGGCAAGGGCCUGACCGAUGUCAAGGGGGCCACACGACCAUCCAGCUUGACAGCAGCCAUGUCCGUGUGCCAUGGAGAGGAAGCAGUGUGCAGUGCCGGGGCCACGCCCUCUAUGGGCCUGGCCAACAUCUCCGUGCUCUUUGGCUUUAUCAACUUCUUCCUGUGGGCCGGGAACUGUUGGUUUGUUUUCAAGGAGACCCCGUGGCAUGGACAGCGCCAGGGCCAGGACCAGGACCAGGACCAGGACCAGGACCAGGGCCAGGGUCCCCGCCAGGAGAGUGCAGCUGAGCAGGGAGCAGUGGAGAAGCAGUAAGCAGCCCCCCAGCUGGCUAUUCCCGAACUGGACAGCACCUCUUCAACCACCUCCGGCUUCCAGGACCUUUCUCUUCCUCCUCCUCCAAUUCCCGUCCCCCAUUAUUCUGGUCUUUGAGCUUUGAGACGAUGGGCAGGCAUCAGCUGUUGAAAACCUGGGCAGCCCUCUCAGUGGCUUCCUAUCCUCCUUCUUGCUGGAGCCAUGAAUGGCAGGAGCUCAGUGCUUCUUGUCCAGUGCCUGGACCCAGGUAUCUUACUUGGGGUCUUACUUGUACCCUUACAGUCUCUGAGAACCAGCCUCUGCUGCAGGUGAGGGUUGGGGGCAGGAAACCAGUGCUCUGAGACUGGUUCCUAGCAGCCACCUUUCUGUCAACCUGUCCAGCUUCAACAAUAUUAGGGGGAAGGGAAAUCAGCUAGUAGCCUUCCCCUCUGGUCCCUUGUGUGGAGGCCCCAAUAGUGGUUUGGCAACCCCUCCUCAGUGGCUGUCAUCUAGUCCCUGCGUCUGAUCUCCAGUCAUCCCAUGACUCAGUGUGCCUUCCACUGUCUUCUCUGGCCUCUGCCUGCCCACAGAAUCCACCAUGUGUGAACCAGAGAGGUCCACCAGCCUAGAAAACAGCCCUUCAGAGGGUCCUGAUGAGGCCUUCCUGGACUCAGCUGGGAGCAAGAUAAAUUGCAACUGAGUUGCAGCUUCAAGAAAGUAAAGCCAGUAAGCUUGCUGGCAGAAUCAAUUUCUUCUAUCCCCUCAAUCCUCCCACCCACCAGGCUGGGGCACUUUCCACCAACACUCUAAACUCUACUUUAGAAACGCCCUAUCUUCCUCCCUGUCAUCCUUCUUGGUCUCACACUUAAGACUCAAAAAUGUGGAGUCAGGACCUGCCUCCUAAUCCCCUUACUUCUCUGUCCAUCUCCCUUCCCCAGCAUCGUGCAUCUGAGGCAUUUGAGAUCCUUUUUGAAGUCUCUCCAGGCCUUCCUUUUAUUCCUGUGGGGCCAGACACGGGCUUAGGAAGGGCCAAAGGACCAUCAGGAGGCUAAGUUGCCCCAGAGCCCCAGGAUGGAUGGGCCCAUUUUUUCCUUAUUCCCUGCUCAGUUUUUUCCCCUGCUCCUUCUCUAGUCCUUCUUUCAUAUUUCUCCUUCUCCUCUUGAAAACAGGAUGUUCCCUCUUCCCUUGCCGUCCCAUUUCUCCCCUGUGUCUUUAUUUCUCCCAGUCUCUAUCCCCUCUCAAGUCCAGGGCAGGCCGAUGCUAUUGGUGCUUCUUCACUUUGGGACCCAGUUCCAUAUUUGUCUUUAGUGUAUAUCCUCUUCCUGAUACCUCCUUCAGUCCCUCUCUGGGCCCCAAGGCUGAGAAUCAGUGUUAACUGGGUAAGGAUCAUUUGCUUCCUACCCAGCUCAAUCUGCCCUGGCCAUAGGGCUUCCCAGGGAAGGAAGAAGAGGGAAGAAUCCAACCACUUUCCAAUCCAGUGCCAAUUGGCCUACUAAGCAUCCUAAAGGUGAAUGUGCCCUGUGCCAAUCUCUCCUCAGGACUGAGUCAACCCCCUUCAACCUCCUCACCUCUCUAAACACCAUCCAUAGUAACAUGUGCAUUACUGGGGUACCUAGGAGUCAGGACUUUUGACUUCAGGCCAGUCAUUUCCUCCCGAUGGGGAAAGGGUGAGAUUUACAUCCCCAAAUGCUUGAGUCCCUCAGUGAAAGAAUUAGUUUUUGUUUGUUUGUUUAAGAUUUUGGGGAAGAGAUUUGAGGAGGAAAGAAAGGAGAUGGGGUGAGAGGGUUUUUAAGUCUGAAACUCUCUGUCAUGAGCUGUCCCCAUGGUUACUCAAGGACAAGGGGGGACAGUUUUGCCUACAGCUCCAGAGACACAGAGAACAAAGGGGCGACCUUCAUUUUUCUUCAAGCCGGCCUCUGUGGGGGUCUGUGAGCAGCUUCUACUGGAUCUUUGUUUGGAUUCUGUGUCUGUAUUUAUAAUUUAUUUGAAAUGUGCUGGGUAGUGUUCUCAUUUGGGGGCUGAAGUUAGCAACUGGGCCUUCAGCUAGGGAAAGCAGUUGCGGGCAGGGGGUGGGGGGAGAUUAUAUUCACUCCUGCCAAGGACUCCCAGCCCAGAACUCUCUUUAGAGCAAGGAAGGCUCGUUCUCUUUCUUCUCAAGAGGCUCUCUUGUUCUCCAUCAGGAGAGCCUUGAUUUAGGCUAUGGCCUCACUCUCUAUGGCCACCCUAAGAGGAAAGGCUACUUCACCUCAUUACCUCCAGAGGGCUGGGCAGGGCCAAGUGCCUCAUAGGACUCAUGUUCUCUCCAACCAGGGCUGGCAUCACUGCUUUGCAAAGUGGGGCCUGAGGUAGAAGAAGGUGUCUGGUUUCUCCAGCUGCUGUAGGAGGCUAAUGGGCAGGGUACUUGCCCUUUUGUCCCACUAGACUCUAACCCAGCACCAGGGUGCCCACCUAGGACCUUUCCUGGACAUGAGUUUCCUUCACUAUCAUAGUCAUGAGCCUCCUACUUCUGGGAUUGCAGAUCGGGGUGGGGGGAGAAUGUUGCAUGUUGUUUUCUGGUGCUUGUUAUUAUAUAUUUGAAUAAACAGUGCUGCAAGUACUUGCCAUGAAGGAUCUG